UGCAUGCAGUUCCUGUCUAUAAGCUAAAAAACUACUAACUUAACGGUGAAGUGACAAUAAAGAUGAUCUAGAACAUGUGAUUAAGGGACUUGUGGGAUGUUAGCGGCUUAUAUUAAUUAAGAUUUUAACUGUCUUGAGUACGGUUGAUACUGAUAGACAAAUAGUAAUAUAUAUAGUAUUUUUUACAACUUACAGUUUGUUAAAAUAUCGGACGUUGGUAGAUUAGGUUUUCGUCAAAUUCAUCAACCUGUAAGUUGUAACUUUAUAUUAGUUACAUAACUCGGUUAUUAACUGGUUCAGUGGCUGUUGACAACAAUCUUAAUUCUACGAUUUAAAACAGUAUUUGUAAUUGUAAGAUAAUCAUUAUGGGAGACACACUUCUUUUUGUUGGAGCUCUCUUUGACUCUGCAGCACUUUUGUUCUUAACCGUUUACGUCGUUGUAACUUUGUCAGAUUUGGAAUGUGACUAUUUGAAUGCACAACAGUGUUGCACGAAGCUCAACAUGUGGGUUAUUCCAGAAUUGGUUGGGAAUGGUGUUCUAACCUUCCUCCUUCUAGUAACAUUUCAUUGGUUUCUCUUCCUACUAAAUGUACCAAUGACCUUUUGGCAAGGCUACAAGGUUGUCCAGGUACCAUCUGGUAACUUUGGGAUUUAUGAUCCAACAGAAAUACACAAUCGUGGAAACCUAAAGAAGCAUACAAGAGAUUCACUGAUCCGCCUUGCUUUCUAUUAUUUUUUUUUCAUAUAUUUGUAUUGCAUGAUAAUAUCUCUUCUAACUAAACCUCUUCCAUCAUCUGGAGCAGCUGAAGAUUUUUGAGAAUUUUGGAGUGAACUCAGAUAUUUUGUGGGAAACAACUGAAGGACAGUUUAAAUUUGUGUGAAAAAAUAAAAAUGUAUCGAAAAUCAUAUGAGCAAUUCUGACACCAUUUUCAUAAGCAUGUUGAAUCUUAAACUUCUUCCAAAAAAAUACUAAAAUUCAUUGCAUACAUGUUGAUUGAUAUAAUACAUUUACUCGUCAGAGUGCUGGGUUAUUCCUUACACAUUCAAAAGUAAUACAAAUUCAAACGUAAUUUCUUAAUUUAUUAUCAAUUUGAAAAUAUAAAUAAAAAUUUUUACACAAAACAACGUGAUAAUGUACACAAAUUAAUUACCUGUAAUGCACUAAGUGUUAAUUGAAAUUUUACCUAAACUUGUAUAUUUUGAUUUAGUAAUUUUUUUAAUGUGAAAUGUGUGUGUGUCUGUUUUUUGUUUAAAAUUUUGACCACUAAAUAAAAAAAAUAAAUUCUGUGUACUGUGAAAACCACAGUAGUUACAACUUGAGCUGGAAUAAAAGUCUAUUUUAAAAUAAAUCAACAAGAAUGUUUAUAGAUAGUGUUAAAAAUAUUUUUAAUAUCAUUAUAGUUUUAGAGUUCGAGAACAAAAGGAAACGCGAUUUCAUUUAUGGUUGUUGUUGUUUUUUUAGGAUUUCUUGAUUUAGUGUUAUGUGUAACAUUCUAAUUAUUAUAGUUUCAAGAACAAUUUAAAACUGCUUGUAUAAAAUAAAAUAAAAGAUUUUCCAGUCUAAAAUAUGCUAGCUUUCAUAUCAAUGAUUCAAGUUACAAAUUGUUUUCAAAUGAUUUCUAAAGAGUUCUGUUUUUAACUGCAAGUAUAUACAUUACUAUACAUAACCUCUUUUUUUUCAGCCUUCAUAAACUCAGAAAAUGAAUGUGUUGAAUCUGUUAUUAAAAUAGCAUCACAAGGAACAAACUGAUCACAGAUAUUUAUGGGUUAAAAUACAUUUUUUUAAAUUAAAAGUAAUGUAACAUGUUUUGUCACAAGAUUCACAAAUAUUUAUUGAAUGGGCCUUGAAACUUGUAAAAACAACUUUUUUUUUCAUGACAAAGUAAAAGAUUUAUUGAAGAAGAAUUUAUGCCUUCACAAUGCAAAAUAAAACAAAAUUUAAAAAAUGUGUAAUUUGCUUAAUUAAGAUCUAAUUCCAGGUUGCAUGUUAGGCCUAUGGUAGAUCUUUGGAAUUUUAAGCUGGCAAGCCAUUUCAAUUCUGUGCAGUUCUACAAAAUAUUCUCUGCACUUUAAGCUGCAUAUACAUUAUAAGAGUCACAGUUAAUCCCACAGCGUGAAUGGUGUUGCUGACUUUCCUCUGGUCAAUAGUACAAAAUUAUGGGUGGUGGCAAAUAGCCUUAGUAGCUUUGCCACAGAUACAAGAUACAUAAUUAUUCCUUAUAUCUUCUUUACUGACUGUUGAUUCUACAGUUACAGAAUACAUAAUAUUUCACUUGUGCUUUGUUUUGUUGCCUGUAAGAAUGGUGAAUAGUGAUUUUACUUUUUACUGUAGUGGCUUCUAGAAAUAUGUGCUGUUGUGGUAUUCUUGAAGACUAUGUCAUGCUAUGUAAAUAUCAAAAUACUAAUACUGUAUUGGCCAGAAAUCAUGAACAAAACCUUGCAAAAAAAAAAACUGUGGGCUUACUAUAUUUUUAUAAGUUUAUCAUCUGACAGUGAUAUGUUACUGUUUAUCAUUUAGCUUAGUAAACAACCAAUUGUGAUUAAAGCAUGUAUUCACUAGGUACAGCCUCAUGAAGAAAUAAAAUUCCAGUAUUCUGUUUGUGAACUUCUGAAACAAUGCUUAUGUCUUGUUUGUGAUGUGAUUGAAAAUAUCUUAGUUUUAUUCAUUUCACUUAACAGUUUUUGGAGGGAAUGUUUGACCUCUGUGAAUACCAUAACAUACCCUUCAGAUGUAACAAUAAUUGUGAUGAUCUGUAUUAAUAAUUUCUGUAAUUAUACUUUAAUAUACACUACUUUGAAAACUACUUACCUGUUUUAUAUUUACAUGUUAAGUAAUAUAUAUUUAAAUGUUUCUAAAUUGGUCAGAAGUACAUUUCACAUGUUGUAACAGCUGUUUCAUUAUUAAAACUUAACAAAUAUAUUUCAGUAUAGUUACACUUGACUUGAUGAAGGGGUAAAAUUGAGUACUGGGACCAAUAACAACUAACAAAGAGUCCUGUUUAAAGUUUUAAAACUGUUUUCCUAUGUUCAGUAUUUCUUGUAACAGUUUGGAAUAAUAAAUUAGGCUAUUCAAAGAGUGUUUGAAGAAUUGUCAAUAAAACAAGUUACAAAAUAGA